AUGGGGAAAGAGUCUGGACAAGACCAGCCACUGGGCCAGGUCACUCUGUCCCUGCCAGACCCAGGGCAGCCCCCGGCUUGGCGCAGGCACAGGCUGCCUGGCGAGGGUGUCAGGGCUGCCCUGGGCUCUGCCGACUCCGGGUCCCCACAGUUCCAGGGGGAGUGGUUUGUUGUCGGCCUGGCGGGCAGCACCCACAGGAAGACAGACGGUUCCUUGCUGAGCCCGUUCACUGCAACGUUUGAGAAGAAUGAAAACGGCAGCCUUAAAGUGUCAUAUGCCAUGACCCGGGGCCACCGCUGUAUCACCUGGUCUUAUGUGCUGAUCGCAGCGGCCCAGCCUGGGGGCUUCUCAGUGGACAACACAGCGGCGCCCGGGAAAGGCCCCGAGGAGGUCCAGGUGCACGACGCUGACUACAGCGUGUUUGCUCUGAUGCUGUCCAGGAGACGGUCGGGCGGUCAGAGCGUCCUCACGGUCAGCCUGCUGUGCAGGACGUGGCUGAUACGGACCCGGGUGCUGGAGAGGUUCGUCCACCUGGUCAGAGCUCAGGGCCUCUCGGAUAACAACGUCGUCUUCCCGGACUUGGCCGGUCCCGGGCUCUCAGGCUGGGGCGGGAGCCCGGACCCAGCGUAGGUAGCUGCCCAUGGGCCUCAAAAGCCCUGUGGGGGCCCGGCGGACUGGUCCCCCCAUCCGAGCAGCCGUUGAAGGUGGACGCAGCUCCUCCCCGGCCAAGGCCUGUGUCACUGCCCCCGCACUGCUCUCGGCAUGAAAUAAACGCUCCGUGCUGGGA